AUGUACGUGGGAAUCGACCCGACUGCGCCUUCCAUGCACGUCGGGCACAUGCUACCUUUCAUGGUGCUGGCCUGGGGUUAUGUCUGGGGUCUACCGGUGACAUUUUUGGUGCGUUUCCUUCUGGGAGUUAUGAGAGGAGUGGCUAAUCCAACGCAGCUCGGCGGCGCUACAUCUCGGGUCGGCGAUCCCACGGGCCGGUUAAAGGGACGCGAGCAGGUUCAUUCGUCCAUCCGCAAGGCAAACAUGGCCAGCAUGCAUAUGCAGUUGAAAAAGCUGGGCGCAAGCAUCGAGCAAUAUGGGAGGCGACACGGACACGAGCGGGAGAUGAUCUGGAGACGAGCGUUGGUGAAUAAUAAUGUCUGGUGGAACAAAAUGCCGUUCAUUGAACUGCUUCGCGACCUGGGGGCAUAUAUGCGACUAGGCCCUAUGCUCGGCAGAGAUACAGUCAAGACCCGUCUGAAUUCCGGUGACGGCAUGUCCUUUGCCGAGUUUUCGUACCCGUUGCUCCAGGCUUGGGAUUGGUGGCAUCUGUUCAAGAAGGGUGUUCAAGUGCAAGUGGGGGGGUCUGAUCAAUACGGAAAUAUCCUGUUCGGCAUGGACGCUGUCAAGUCGAUCAGUCGGAACACGGCAGAUGAGCAAAGCCGGCGGGAGCUGGAAGAUGAGCUGGACCGGCCGAUUGGAUUUACAACUCCCUUGUUGACGGCGCCGUCGGGCGAGAAGUUUGGCAAGUCGGCGGGUAAUGCGAUUUGGCUUGACAAGGACAUGACCUCGACUUUUGAGCUCUACCAGGUAUGUUUCCCACGUGUCCACCUAAUCCCUGGACUAACAUCUUUCCAGUUCUUCGUGCGAACCCCCGACGAUGUUGUCGAGCACUAUCUGAAGCUGUUCACUUUUAUUCCAUUGCACGAGAUUACCUCGAUCAUGGAGGAGCAGAACAAAGACCCCUCCAAACGAGUUGCUCAGCACACUCUGGCCUCGGAAUUUGUCGAAUUGAUCCACGGCAAGGCCGAGGCCGAGGCCGUGGCCAUGCAACACCGCCAGCUGUUCCGUCCACGCUCUUCUACCGACACCCCGACACCUUUUACCUUGAACCAAAAGUCCAACGAUGACAAGUCUCGGAAACCCCCGCUCUUCCCGGACGAUAUCACUCCCCAGUCGGGCAACCGCUACGCGCCCCAGACGAACUUUGCCAACAUGCCCGGCGGAAACAGGGUUGUCCUCCCCGAGUCGGUGGUAUACAACACAACCUUCAACAAGGUGCUCUGGUCCGCUGGACUUGUAUCAUCCAAGGGUGAAGGCCACCGAGCUAUAGCUAAUAACGGAGCGUAUGUUGGCAGCCUUCCCUGCAACACUGGCCCGAUGAGAGAUAACCUCACGUUCGCCCCGAUCAAACCCUGGUUCGCGGAUCGGACCAAGGACUAUGUCAUUGAGGGCAAUCUCUUGUUCCUGAAGUUGGGCAAAUGGAAGUUCAAGAUCGUGGAGGUGGUGAGUGACGAGGAGUUUCGGCGGCGCGACUUGACUUGUCCGGGCUGGGGGGAGGAGGAGCCGGAGAAGCAGGAGGGAAAGGAACAGAAGGAAUGA